UUUAUAGUACUUGUAGCUUGUCGCGUAAACAAAAUGAAGACAUAAUCGAAUGGUUCUUGCUUAACCAUUCUGAUGCAAAAUUGGAAACGAUUCCAUAUAUUGCUAAUAUGACCUUGGCACCUCUGAAAGGAAAUAACUCUGGGAGCAUAGAUUUGUCCAAGGCUGUUCGAUUUGAUUCAAUUUAUUCCAAAACCUCUGGAUUUUUUCUGACCAGAAUCAGAAAAUUGUCGCUAAGUAAUGGUUGA